AUGUAAUUCUCAAAAAUAUUAAAGUAUUGUUUUAGCUUUGAAACCAGAAGUAUCAUAUUAAAUAUCUAUCCUACUAGAAAUUAAUUCAGAAAAGCCUAUCAUUUUAAAAGCAUUUACAGUUUGGAAUGAAAAUUUAAUGUUUUCAAUGACUCCAAUUAAAGCCACUUAUGUUGAGAAAAAUAAUUAUUAUGCAAUUUAAAAACCUGGUUGGAUUCUCUUUGAAUUAGUUCCAAUAAUUCGUUAGAGAGAAGGAAAUCAUCAUUUAGAAUGGGAUAAAAAGAAAUAAUUUAGUUUAGGUGUCAAGUAGAUAGGAUAAUUGUUAAUCACUAAAAAUAAAGCAUAUGAUGAAACCUCUAAUUUCCUCAUUAGUAUUCCUUAAUUUAUAUUAAUUAAGCAUACUAAACAUAAGUUAACGAAAAGAGAGUCUUAAAAAUAAAUAAAACCGCAUAAGAUAUACUUAUAUCAAUAGCAAAAGAUGAAGAAUAAGAUAAAUAAUUAAACCCAUAUAAGAUAACUUUGAAUCAAGCAGAAUACAUUACAGCAUUAGAAUUAAUUAAUGUAAUAUAUAUUUAAUAAAAAUAUUAUAGUUUUCAUUACCCUUUUUAUUAGGUUGGGAUGCUUUAUAUACCCCUUAAUUAUCUGAUAAUGAUGCUUAAGAUUGA